CUCUAAAACUGCACGUCUCACGAUGGCCGCAGAAGACCGCGCACUAUAUAAACACCGUGCUUUCGUCAGCUUCCACACUUUCAACAAUGUUACUCUUCAAGCACACGGUUAUCCUCUGCCUCCUGGGUGUGGUGCACUGCCACGGACCGGUCAGCUUCGUUCGGGAGCCCUCGCCGAUGGCCAUGGUCCCGCGGUCCCUGAAGAUCGAGGAUAUCGAGAGAUUCGGCGCAAUGGCCAACGAGGCGGCGAGUGUCAUCGAGAAGCUGACCGGUAUGCUCCACCUGAUUGCCGACCCCUCCGAAGUCCCUGAGCUACGGGAAGGUCUCCUGGGAGAGAAAAUUCGAGCUUCUAUAGAAACCGGAAAAGCUUUCGUGAGACUGAUCGAGACAAUCAAUGCGGCGCUGGAGCCUUAUGUUACCGAAGAGAGGAGGUAGACGGAGUGGGCAGUUCAGCAGUGGCCCGGCAGAUGGCUCUUAUGAGAUCAAGGAUGUCUACUUUGCUUCCUAGACAAUUCUAUCAAUUUGGCCAUGUAAUAAAGCAGAAUAUUAAA